AUGGUGGAGGAGGCCUUCAAAGCUGUUCCUCCUACGCCUGGAGUAACAAGGGAGGAGCAGUUACUGGAACCCAGUGAGAGAUGUAGAAGAUGCCAUCCAAUAGGAGCCAUGACUCAGAAAGGGGAAACAGCCACUGCCAAGCCACAGGGUGCUGGUGAGUUAGGGGAGGUUGUCAAAGAUGAUAUUUGGCCAAACCCCUUGCAGUACUAUUUUGUUCCUGAUAUGGAUGAUGAAGAAGAAGCAGAAGAUGAUGAUGAUGAUAAUGACAACGAUGACGACGACAACGAAGAGGAGGUAGGGUUGGAAGAUAUUGAUGAAGAAGAAGAUGAGGAUGAAGGUGAAGAAGAUGACAUUAAGGACAAAGGGGAAGAAAGAGAGGAGGAUGAAGGCAAGGAUGACUAG